CUUUCGUAGGGCGCCUCUAGCGGAGAAAUUAUCGUCAUUUCGUCAUUCUUGUAAUCAAACAUGUGUGUUCAAAGGAGCAUACGAAAUUGAUUAUUUAGUUUUUGGUUGUUGAAAAUAAAUUACGAUUAAAAAUGUUGAAAACAUUACAAAUAAGUAUCCGAAAAAUGAAACUACAUACUGAAUGCAAAAGGUAUUCUUCACUUAUAACUGGAACAGAAAAAUUACAGUGUUAUUGUCUGUUACAAUUUUCAAGAACUUAUAAAGUUUUUCCACGCAAAAAACUAGAUGUUACUAAAAUUUUUACUGAAAGGAAUUUCAUAACUCCUCUUCGAGCCAUGAAUGAAUAUUUAUUAAAACCAACAGAUUUAGAAGAGUUAAGGAAAAUUCAAAGACGUAGUCCGUACGAAGAAAGUCCUCCCAUAAAUGUAUAUUUAAGAAAAGAUGUCGAAUUAAAAGCUAUUGAAGUUUGGGGAAGCAUGGAAGCUUUACAAAGAGAAUUAAAAAAGAAACGAGAAUUAGAAUUGAAAAAUAAAAGAGAGGCUAUAUUAAGAGGAUCUGGACGAGUAGUCAUGACUGCAGUAAUGAUAAAUGGAGCUAAUUUUGCAUUUAAACUCAUUACAUGGUUAUACACAGGAUCUCAUAGCAUGUUUGCUGAAGCAAUUCAUUCUUUAGCUGAUACUUGCAAUCAGAUAAUUUUAGCUUUCGGAAUUCGCAAAUCAAUUCAGAGACCUGACGUGGACCAUCCAUAUGGCUAUCAUAACAUGAGAUAUGUUGCUUCCUUAAUCAGUGGUGUUGGUAUAUUUUGCUUUGGAACAGGUAUUUCUAUCUACCAUGGUAUAAUGGGCAUUUUUUUUCCUGAAGUUAUUGAAUCUCUCUAUUGGAGAAAUGGAGCUAAUUUUGCAUUUAAACUCAUUACAUGGUUAUACACAGGAUCUCAUAGCAUGUUUGCUGAAGCAAUUCAUUCUUUAGCUGAUACUUGCAAUCAGAUAAUUUUAGCUUUCGGAAUUCGCAAAUCAAUUCAGAGACCUGACGUGGACCAUCCAUAUGGCUAUCAUAACAUGAGAUAUGUUGCUUCCUUAAUCAGUGGUGUUGGUAUAUUUUGCUUUGGAACAGGUAUUUCUAUCUACCAUGGUAUAAUGGGCAUUUUUUUUCCUGAAGUUAUUGAAUCUCUCUAUUGGGCCUUUUUUAUUCUUGGUGGUUCUUUAAUUUCUGAAGGAGGAACUUUGUCGAAAUACAUCAGAUCCUCAACAGAAGAAAUCCUAGUAAGUAGCAGAAGGUUACCCAAACAUUAUUUCAUGAAUAAGACUUGUAUCACUAUUCCAGUUCAUUUGCUUUCUUUAUUGCUUAUAUUACAUUGUUAUUUCAUUACAGUUCUCAGAAGUCGCGAUCCGAGUUUAAACGUAGUGUUACUAGAAGACCUGGCUGCCGUAAUAGGAGUUCUAAUAGCGGGCAGUUGUAUGGGAUUAACUUCGUACAUGGGCAAUCCUAUAUAUGAUGCCGCCGGUUCAUUAUUAGUCGGUGGCCUUCUGGGAACAGUUGCUUCUUUCAUAAUAUAUACCAACAUUGCUGCUUUAGUUGGAAGGUCAAUUCCAGCAGAUACAAUGUUGCAGAUUAACAAAGAAUUGGAAAAUGACGUGAUGAUCAGGGCUUUACAUGAUGUAAAGGCAACAGACAUGGGAAAUAAUUUUGUCCGUUAUAAAGCAGAAGUAGAUUUUGAUGGACGUGAACUUAGUAGAUCAUAUCUGGACUCUCAAGAUUUGGAGAUGUUACUAAAUGAAAUGCAAAAAGUAAAGACUAUUGAAGAAGUCGAAGCAUUUAUGUUGAGACACGGAGAAAAUAUCGUUGACAUGUUGGGUGGUGAAGUGGACAGAAUUGAAAAGGGGUUAAAGAAAAGGCAUCCAGAAGUUCGACACGUUGACCUAGAAGUUUUAUAAAAAUCAAUUCAAGUGCUUGUGAAUUAAGUUUGUUAAUUUAUUUCAUGGAGUUGUACAUGUUAUGUGAUACUGUAUAUAAUUAUUAAUGUUUCAUA